AUGGCAAGCACGGAAUUGUCGCCGUACGCACCUGUCACUUCACCGGCAACGGUCUCCAGCACGGGGGACGGAUACUCGGCAAACAUCCGCUAUAUCGAACUUCAGAAAGAGCUUCGAUUUGUCCUAUCAGCAGGCGUGACCAGUCUCGCACCCUCUCGAGCUGGAUCACCGCUUGCGGAGCGAACAGAGGAAUUUGUUCGCGAUGAGCAACCGAAUCACACAACAGAAGCACGUGCAGCAGGGAGAGGCUUGUUGUCAGCGACGACGCUCCCGAGAACGAUCUCGAAGUUGAGCACAAUCAAGUACUUGAAGAACUGGUUCACCGAAUGCGCCCCGGAGCUCGACAAAUUCGACGAUACGCAGCAGUUUGGUGUCAAUAUACCUAUUCUAGCUUCGAAGUCUCCUGCCUUGUUAUAUGCAGUCCUUGCCUUCAGCGCUCGCCAGACCGAGAGGAGAUCUACUCAGAAGAGCCAUGAUAGCCUUGAGCUCUACCAAGAAUCGAUUCGACUGCUUGGCCCUAGCUGCAAUCGCGCGAUCCCAAUGUUCUUGCCACGUCUCUUCAACGUCACAGGCUUCUCCGGCGGCCUUUUGCAGGCUGUAUUCUGGUGUUAUGCUCGUAUGGAGCUGUGCGGACUGAUCAUAUCGAACUUCAUCGAAGCCACCGUACUACCACUUGAGCAAUGGGCGCCCUCUUUACCGGCGGAGUCCUCGCCAACGCUUUCGCAUAGAGAGCAAUACCAUACCUUCGCCAAAGAUCUCUUCCGCAAGCAUAACAGCCCUGAUAUGCACGCCAACUUCGCGGUGUAUCUCUGUACACAAGCAUGCGAUUUGAUGCGCCGUCAGAUCUUCCGAGUCGAGCUUGGUGAGGUCGACACUGACGACCAACGGCCUUUCGCUACGCAGUGGCAGAGCCUCUGGACUGACCUGCGCGAGUGGCUGGAAACCCGUCCUUUGGAGCUGCUUCCAAUUCAAUCUCCCGAUUCGGAGGAUGCGUCAUCGCUGUUUCCGCGCAUUCUGUUCACACACUGGGCAGCAAUAUCAAGCAAUCAGCUCUACCAUACCGCCUGUCUGAUCCUGCUCGACACUGAGACCCUUGGGCGGCCGCCGCUGGCCAUACAGGAGCAGCAGUACUCGCUGAUAUGGCAUGCUAAGCAGAUCUGUGGGAUAUCGAUGACGAAUCCGCAUCUGGGAAACCUGGUCAAUGCGAUCCAGCCGCUCUAUCUCGCAGGCCGGCAUCUGAGCCACUUGGAAGAGCACCUGGCAGUGGCGAGGCUGCUCAAGAAGAUCGACCGAAGCACAGGUUGGGGUGCUCUGUGGAGAUUACGAGACCUCGAGGCCGCUUGGGGCUACGACGCAGGAGAGAUCUUGCUCAAGGUUUGA